AUGGGCAAGCCAAGGCCAAGCAAGAAGGCGCUCGGGAAGCGCAAGGCCCCACCAGCCCCUGCGGCUAACGUGGCGAAGAAGGCCAAGGGCCCCAAAGGCAGCGCACUUGACGACGAGAGCGGCCCGGAUCGCGGCGGCCGGCCGAAGCGCAAGCCAGACCAGCCGAAGAAGGUCAAGCUUCGUGACCAGAAGCUCAUCCCUGUUCCUAGGACAGACUAUGCCAGCGCGGACGAGGACGAGCUGAGCGAUCUGGGCGAGGAUGAGGAUCUCGAGAUCGAUGCCGCUGCUGCGUUCUCCAAGCUCGAUCCCAGUAUGCUCUCGCGAACGCGGAAGGAAACGAAGCGUAUCCACGCGCUCGAGAGGGAUCGCGACGAGAUGCCUGUCGUGAAGAAGAAGCGCGCGCCGAGCGUUUCCUCGAUCUCGGACAUUUCCGACUACGACUUUGACUCGGAGGUUGAGCUGAGCGACGACGAGCGGUCGAAUGUCGACCUUCUCUCCGAGAGCGGAUCUGAGCUUGGCUCUGACGACGAGGACGGGUCAGACGAGUUCAACGACGUGUACGAUGGCUUGUCCGAUGUCAGCUCGGACGAGGAGGAGGAGGAGGCUCCGAAGCGCAAGAGGCGGGCACGUUCCGAGGAGGCCGAAUACGAAACGGCCGGCCGUGCGCGAUGGGCUCAAAAGGAGGAAGAGGAGGCAGACAGUGUCGAGGUCGGUCGCUUGCCGAUCAAGCUGCCUACUGGCGAGGUGCAGCUCGUCGAGGGGACGACAAGGGUAGCGCUGCCGCCGAGCAAGAAGCCCGCCAAGCCCGAGCCCGAGAGCGAGCCAGAGGAGGAGGAGAGCGAGUCGGAAGAAUCGGACGACGGGCGCGAUGCUGCGCGCAUGGCCGCACAGCCUGGGCGUUUUGGGCGUCUCAACGUCGGUGACAUUGUCAGCGCUCCGUGGAAGAACGCACAGCGUCUCGAGGCGGCCAAGGAGCAGCUUGCGGCUCUCGGUGCCGAGAUCCUGGGUGGCGGCGAGCUGGUGGACAUCGGACCUACCCUCACGCGCCUCUCGACGUUCGCACUCACUUCCGUUGCCGCUCCCGAGGGUAAGGGCUCACUUCCUAUUCCCAACUCGAUCCGCGCGCUAGCGUUCCUCUCGCAGCUCGCUGUGUUCAAGGACAUCAUUCCCGGCUACAGCAUCCGUCCUCUCUCCGCACAGGAGGAGGCCGAGAAGGUGCGUGAGGAGGUACGCCGUCAGCGUGAGGGCGAGAAGCUGCUCGUACGCAACUACAAGAGCUACCUCCGCAUGCUCGAGGUGGAGAUCAAGGGCAAGACACCUCUCUCUCCGGUCGCGCUGAAGUGUAUGGCCGACCUGCUCGCAUCUGUGACACACUUCAACUUUUCGUCUGCCAUCAUGGCUGCGCUCGUCGCGCGCCUGGGCCGGAGGACUUGGGACAGCGACUCGGACCUGAUCCUGGGCACGUUUGUGAGCGUGUUCAAACAGGACGUCUCGGGGACGUACUCACAGGCACUUGUCCGCCUCAUCGCGCGUAUGAUCAAGGAGCGCAAGUUCCAGGUGCACCCCAACGUGCUCUCGUGCCUGCUGCAUCUUCGUCUGCGGACCGAGCUCAACCAAAUGCAGGACGGCAAGAAGCGGAAAAAGGGCAUGCGCGGGCCCGCGCAAGAGAAGACAUUCAAGAGCGAUGUCCGCAAGAAGUGGCAGACGAAAAACCAAAAGAAGAAGGAGAAGGAGAUGAAGGAGAUUCAGCGUGAGAUGGCUGAGGCUGAAGCCGAGGUCGAUGAGGAGGAGCGCGCCCAGGUCCAGACCGAGACGCUCAAGAACCUCUUCGUCCUCUACUUUUCUAUCCUCAAGUUCCCAGGAAAGAGCGCCUUGUUGCCCGCCGCCCUCGAGGGUUUAUGCCACUUUACCCACCUGAUCAAUGUCGAUUUCUUCCGCGACUUGCUCCAUGUGCUCCGGCGGAUCAUCGCCGACGGCAAGGCCGACGAGGCCGACGACCUCGACCCUGUGGGGCAGACACAGCGUGUCCGUAUUCGCAUGCUGGGCAUCGUCACUGCCUUUGAUCUGCUUUCGGGGCAAGGCGAGGCGCUCAACAUCGACCUCGCCGACUUUGUCACUGAGCUGUACGCGCUCCUGCGCCCCUUGUCCCUCGACACAGGAGUCGAAGACCCGCCCAUCCUGACAGAGGCCACUGCCGCAGCUGCGGCACAGCAAAGGAAGGCGGGCGCAUCGCGUGCGACAGCCGAACGCCAGCCUGCACACACGCUGAGCACGUCGGCCCUCCUCUUCCGCUGCCUUGAGGCCAUUUUCUUCCCUCGCUGGGGCCGGACGCCUCCCAUCCGUGCCGCCGCCUUUGGCAAACGCCUGUGCGAGUGCGCCCUCCUCUUCCCACCGGCGACCGCACGCGAGGCACUCAUCUUUGUGCGUCGCCUGGCUUCAAAGGAGCCCAAGCUGGCCAACCUCCUCGACACCGAGGAACGCACGUUUGACGGUGUGUACCGCCCUGAGAUCGACGACCCGCAGCUGGCCAACCCCUUCACGUCGAGCUUGUACGAGCUGGACACGCUCGCCCAGCGCCACUGGGAGCACAAGGUACGAGCCGAGGCGAAGCGUGUACGCGACGCCCAGUUUGUGUGA